AUGUCCCUCUUGUCAUCAAUUACUCUCCGAAUUGCCGCUUUUGUCCUGAGAGCCUGGGCGAGGUUCCAGGGACGCAUUACUUCUCAUCCAGACGAGAUAAUCUUUAUUCAAUCUAGAGAACAUGGACGUUCUAUCAAGGUUCACAUCUAUCGGUCACCGGUCACCGAGACACUCAAAACGCCCUCUCCCGUUCUUCUCAACUUCCAUGGAAGUGGAUUCGUGAUUCCUGCCCACGGCAGCGACGAUCAAUUCUGCCGUCAAAUGAGUCAACAGACAAGCUACACCGUCCUCGACGUGCAAUAUCGUCUUUCCCCCGAGCAUCCCUUUCCAGCAGCAUUGAACGACACCGAAGACGCCAUCAAAUGGGUUUUAGGGCAACCGAAAACUUUCGAUAUCUCGAAAUUUGCCAUCUCCGGUUUUAGUGCAGGUGCAACUCUUGCACUGGCUGUUUCCUCCUUCAAAGCGUUCGUUGAUCCCGAGGUUAUGGCUGCACCUGACCCAAAUGGUCAACCUAUUCCAGCAUUUAUGCUACGGUUUUUUGCUAGUUGCUAUAUACUACCCGGGUAUGAUACUAAAGACCCCCGUAUCUCCCCUGGCUACGCCGAAGUCGACCGUUUCCCGCGCCGAGUUUUGAUCGUGACGGCUGGCUAUGACAGUCUAGCGUUAGAAGGGGAAAGUCUGGCGACUCGGCUACGGGGAGGCUCUGGCCGUAUUGUUGUUUCUGAGAGGAUGGAAAGGUGCAAUCAUGCUUGGGAUAAGAUGGCCAAGAAAGGAACGUUUGAAUGGGAAGCAAAGGAAAAGGCUUAUGAGCUAGCCGUUAAUAUGUUGACAUGUGCUUAG